AUGCAAUGUGAAGAAACGAAAAGCUUGAAACUGGAGUCGAUAAUGGUGGUUGAACCGUGGGGUAUAAUAAGAACAGGGGAGGAGAGAUUCGGUAAAGAGAUGAUAAUGACCUUCUUUACAAACUCUUUCAAUCUCAUUUCGUUCGUCGUGGUUCUCUCUCGUUCAUCUCCGCUAUCGGACUCGGGAAGGUUGAGAAGAAAUGGCAGGACACAAGGUUGCGCAUGCGACACUGAAAGGGCCGAGUGUUGUAAAGGAAUUGAUUAUCGGACUGACACUCGGUUUAGCUGCUGGUGGUUUGUGGAAGAUGCACCAUUGGAACGAGCAGAGGAAAACCAGAGCUUUCUAUGA